AUGGCUGAGACAGUGUCAAGGUCUUCGUCAAAGUCCUCUUCAGUCGUCGAUGUUCAGAUCAAGGAGACGAGCUUGGAAACUACGUUGAAAGCCCAAAACAGGAAUUUGAGACGCGAGUUGGCUGAAACACAGGCAAAGUUGGACAAGCUCGAAGCCAAGCAGUUGAGACGCGACGCACUGAAGAAGCACACCUUUUACGAGGAACCUUUCGUCAUUUCUUUCCCCGAGGACGAAGACGUCUAUCUCGCCUCUAAAGAUAAGCAGCACGGCGAGGUGCCUGAGUACUUUUACCGUGCACAUUACGAGACCUCCGGCACCUUGAGCUGCUACGUGACCAAAGACUGCUGGCCCAGUGUGCAUCCGAAAUACAAGAAAGGGGCCGCGUUCCAGUCUCUCAAUGAGUUCCUACCGGUGCGAGAUUUGACUUUUGAACGCGUCAUGCGACAUUUUAUUUGGCAACAGAAGAACCCGACCACUUCUUUCAUAUCAGUCUUCGAUAACUACUGUAAGUACUACUUUCGAUCUUCACGGUUCGACUUUAACCUUGCAUUAGUAAUGGCAGAACAACGAGCGAAAUUCUUAUACCACGACAGCGCACGCCACCCACGUCGUAUAUCUGUCGUUCGUAUGAGCAAUCGAGAUCUCACGCCUGCUUUUUUUGUGACGACAGAGAUUCUUCCUGCGGGCCCUGUCGAGGCUGCGAAAUCGAAACGUCUCGUUAACAAGACUCCGGAGGUUGUUACUACACAGGAAUCACUCGCUACCUGUUCGCCCUCUCCCACUUCCGUCAACACAGAUGAAGAUGCGGGAUCUACGCCAGAAAAGGCCCAGGAGAAUACCAUCGUCCCCAAGAAGACACGCAAGGUCAAGAUACCUAUCUAUGUUCGAAAGAGCGCAGUACCGGAGGAUCGCUCAGACAUCACUAUCCAGCAGUUCGAAGAUUCUGGUUCGGAUAUCUGGUUGUCAGUACGGGAAAACCAAAAGAGUGGCUUAAAUCUUCUCCUGGUGGGCGGUCGCGGUCAGCCAGAGGAAUGGCUUGCUGGCGGCGUCAUACCCAAGGAAUAUGUCGAUCAUGUAUGGCCCUUCGAUGGCACCAAGGUUCAUACCCAUGACGGAGAUAAAGUCGUGACAAGCUCAGCGGAGGUCGACUAUGAGUUUGGCACGAAAGACCGGAUCUGGCGCUCCAAGACCGAGAAGCGUAAACUCGAACAAGAAUUCAAGCGCAACGAGAUCGAGAAGCGCAAGUCUGCAGAUGUUGAUUCUGCAUCCUCAAAACGCCAAAAGCCAAAUCCCGAGUCGUAG